GGGCACCUCUAUAUUCGCUACUGUUAUUAGUUGAACCCAAGAAUUUGUCGGAGCAUGAGCUGGGCCACCCCGGUCAGAAAGUUUGGGCACACCCCUGGAACCAAUAACUACCUAAACCAUUAUGAGUGCGAGGUGACGCCAAACAUUAAAAUAUUACAUUCUUCGACUCGGAUAUUUAAAAUUUUUAUCUGUUUUAAAAGCUUUGAAUAUAAAAACCAUAAAAUCCCCCAAAUGUCACCGUAUGUGCUUUUAUUUCUAAAGUCAGUGACAUAGCGGAAGUAAACAGUAAUCACGUUACAACCCGGAAGAAUUGGCUUUCUCUGAUUAACGUUUGAAUAGACAAGAAUGAGCAAUUUAUCUCAUCAAGAAACGGUCGAACACGAUGCUGCAAACGUCGCUCAGUGUUUAAUAUUAACAUUUGUGUCUUAAUCGUUGUCGCUCGAGUGGAAGACGGUCGAUGUGAGCAGCAACGCCCUGAUGCCAGAGAGAUCUCCUCGUUGUGUUUACAGAUCAGCUGAGAGAGAGUGUUUCCCCGCAGUGUGCCGUUAGAUCAUCGUGUGUUUAUCCCAGACCAGCAGAAAAAAAAGAAAAAAAAAACAUGGCUGAACUGCAUGUUGUGGAGCCGAGCGGUACUGGCACCAUCGAUCAGCCCGAGCACCGCGACGUCCGCGGCUCUAUGCGCCUGGCUUCGCCCACUCUUAUGGUUCCUCCGCGGGGCAGCCAGCUCAGCCCCGGCGGGGUGUCGGGCGGUAGCGGUGGAGGAGGCAGUGGAGGGCGGUCGGUGUUCGGGUUCCCGGUGAAAAGCAACCCGAGCUCCCCGUCCGAACCGUUGGACAAGCCGGGCUCACGCUGGGUCCGGCUGAACGUCGGUGGGACCUACUUCAUCACGACCAAACAGACGCUGUGCAGGGACCCCAAAUCGUUCUUGUUCAGACUGUGUCAGGAGGACCCGGACCUGGACUCUGAUAAAGUGAGUACACAAAGUCUCAGAGAAAGAGUUGACUUCAUUAGUUGGUAAUUUGAGUCAUUUCAAAGCCGGUAAAAGACGAAGACGUAGCCCAUAAUUCCCCCUGGUUAGUGUGUUUAUUUACUGUUUGAUCGGCUGUUCGAUUGAGGGCUGUUAUUGCAUCUGAACCCACGAUACGAUAAUCGAUAUAUUUGUUAUUAGUGAUAAUAUUUCAAUGGCAUAACUGUGUGAAUUGAAAUUACGAGUAAACAAUUUGCAUUUGGGAAUAGAGAUAAUAGUUAUAGUUUAUUCAGGAUUGAAAAGCAUGAUUAUGAUGAAAUAACUAUUAUCAUUGUUGUCAUGUAGAGGAGAGUGGGGUAAGAUGAGCCAUUUUUUUAUAUUCCAGAUCACUACAUCAAGACAAUCAUAGUUUUGUCUCUAACUAGUGUAUCUGCAGAUAUUUCUAGAUUUUGUUCAUCCCUGUAAACAAACAGAAUGAGUGUAAACAGAACUGUCUUGAUAAUAUAGCAUGUAAAAAAAAGUGGUCUCCUAUGGUCAACUUACCCUGCGUAUGGGGUAAGUUGAGGCAUAUCCCUAAAAGUGCUGAUCAUCAAAGUCCAUUACAGUAUGUUACAGAAAGCACAUAACUGAUGAUCACUGUUUUAAACACCGUCAGCCUUUCUACACAUGGAUACAGAAUGUUCUGCUUAUUAUUAAAGUCCAUAGCCGCAUAAAACAUCAUUUUUACUCAUUAAUAUGAAAUAAUCUACCGAUUAAGUCCAGAACAUCACAGGAUAUCGCAUUUUUCACACUGGUAACACAUAAUAUUGUGCUGAUAAUGGAAAUCCAUAGCAGCAUAACACACAGGAUUUUACACAUUAAUACGUCAUAUUCUACUUUUAAUAAAAGUCUGUUGCUGAUAGUAAAUCCAUUUAAAUAUGUUACACAAAACCAAACUGGGAAUCGUAAUCCCUAACAGCAGGUACAGGCCUUCUGCCUCAGAGGGGAUCUGCAGUCCGGCUCUGAGCUGGAAACAGCGAUCCGCGUCUCGGCGUCACAAACCCGAUCCAUUUCAGUCGUCACAUUUCAUACUUUGAUCGUGCUCAUAAUCAAAACACUGAGAUGAUGCUUCUUACUAAAGUCAUAGGAGAUGCCAUCUCAGUACCUUAGAGUCCACAACAUCUUCAAUUGACUCUUGGAGCCUGUUAACUCCACAAACUCUAUUUGCAGCAACACAAGUCAAUCCUGAAAUCCUGUUUUAAUGUGCAAGAUCUCAAGGACAUGGUUUACUGUUUACUGUUUAGCGGUCAAUCUGCGCUCCAAUUCCAACAUAUGGUCGUGAGCUCUGGGUUGUGACUAAAGACGUAAGAUCGCAGGUACAAGCAGCUGAAAUGAGAUUCCCCCAAAGGGUGGGUGGGCUGAGCUUUAGUAAGAGGGUCAGGAGACUGGACAUCUGGAGGGAGUACACAGCAGAGCUAAAGAUGACUCAUGGACGCCUCCCUGUAGAGGUGUUCCUGGCACGUCCUAAGGUAGACCCAGAGUUUGGAGUAUGGAGGCAACAGCAAAACCUUCCAUCAGAAAAGUUUGAAGCAACAAAGGUUUGCAAACCAACUUGAAGAGUGAAUUGAUAACCUCAACAGUUGCAUGUUUAGUGACCUUUCAUCAGCUCAUCACCCAGCUCUGGAUCCAGUUUUCAAACAAAAGACAAAGUCUCAAAAUUUUACAAAAUUAGACGUGAUCUUUGGCGGGAAAAGACGCUCUCUUUACUGAGAGCGGUUCGGUCUCAAGUCACGUCGUCCUUGUCUUACUAACAGUAAACGCACCGACUGUAACAAUCACGAGACGUUUCAGGAUGUGGGUUCUUCACUGACUCGCCUACACAGUUCUUACAGUAGAAACGCGUCAUGUGUCAGUUUACUGCUUCUGCUCAAGACACCGUUGAGGAAAAAAUCGACACAGAUCAACCAGAAAAAUACAAGUUUUAGUAUUUCAAAAACUUCUAAAAAAUCGAUGCAUGGUGAACCAGAUAGAAGAACAACCAGCAGGACUUUUACAGUCACAGUUUAACAUUAGAUGUAUUUGCCCACACAAGUAGCAUCAUCAUCAUCAUCAUCAUCAUCAUCAUCAUCAUCGUGACAGCUGUUUGUAAAGCCAAAACACAUAUUACUAACUCAAACCAGUCCCCCUUCAAAACCUCCACUCCCUUUUGUUCCUGCAGGAUGAGACAGGCGCCUACCUGAUCGACAGGGACCCCACAUAUUUCGGCCCUAUCCUGAACUACCUGCGGCACGGAAAACUGAUCAUGGACAAGAAUCUGGCUGAGGAAGGUAAAGAUUCAGAUUCUGAGUCUUAUCUGUCAGUGAAAAAAAAAACGCUUUAAUCUCCAGAGACCCGUAAAUGAAGUCUGGUGGUCUUUUUUCACGUCAGGUGUUCUGGAGGAAGCUGAGUUUUACAACAUCGCGUCUCUCGUGAGGCUCGUCAAAGAAAGGAUACGGGACAACGAAAACCGGACCUCCCAGGUACAGAAACCAAGACUUCUUCUGGGACAAACAGAACCAAAAUAGUUUUUUUUUAUCUAUGUUUGUGCAGAUCAUUGAUGCGGUUUUGUUCAUGUCCCUCAGGGCCCCGUGAAGCACGUGUACCGAGUACUACAGUGCCAAGAGGAGGAGCUCACACAGAUGGUCUCCACCAUGUCGGACGGUUGGAAGUUUGAGCAGGUGCAGAAAAUGAAGCUUUUCAUGGUCUUUGUUUUUGUUCUUGUUUAAGCGACUCCAGAGCUGUUUCUGUUUAGAGGAGAGCCGGAACCAUGACCCAGAUCUGUAUAAGAUAUUUAUGAAGAAAGCCAAAAACACAGAUAUGUGUAAGCAGGCUGGGUAUCAGACUCAAAUAUGUGCUCUGGGUGGGCUGGACUGAAAUGAGACUCUGAUAAAGGACUCGCAGAUUUGAUAUUUGAGGUCGCUGCUAAUGAUUAUUUUAGCAGAUUAAGAGAUUAACUCGAGGAUUCUUUUGUAUCUGGAUAUAAAUCAAGAAAAAAAUUCUUAAAUAACAACAACCUUACAAUGUCUUUUCCACAGCUUAUAAGCAUCGGCUCGUCUUAUAACUACGGAAACGAGGACCAGGCGGAGUUUCUAUGUGUGGUUUCCCGGGAACUCAACAACUCCACCAACGGCAUCGUCAUCGAGCCCACCGAGAAGGCCAAGGUGAGAGAACACGAGUCUUUUAAAUAAAAACAACAACCACGAAUAAAAACCAACCCACCAAGAGAGACGGUGGUGGUUUUGGGAUCAUUGAAACCCUGUAUUUGACUGAUAUUAGAGCAAAAAACAACAUUGUGACAUGUUUCAAACAGUUGGGACAGGAACAUGUUUACUGUUGUGCUGCACUACCUCUUUAAUGUCCGGGAACUGAGGAGACUUAACCUGCUGAGUGGAAAGUCAAAUGUUGCCCCAUGUUGCUGCUCAACAGUUUGGAGUCUCCUUUGCUGUAAUUUGUGCGUCGUGAUGCACCAGAUAUAUAAAUAUAUAUGGGUGACGUCUCAGAACUGCAAACAGGCCAGUCCAGCAGCAGGACUCCUCUUCUGCAGAGCUAUACUGUUGAAGGUCUUCCCUAAAAAAGUCUUUGUCUGGAUGGCAGCAGAUGUUGCUCCUCAGCCUGUAGAUAUUGUUCAGCAUUAAUGGAGCCCUCACAGAGGUGUAAACUAUCUAUGCUGUGGACACUAGUGUAAUGAUGUAAUGCAACUGUAGAUGAUGAAAACCUCAAAUCGGUGUAAUUUUAUGCUCAGGAACACGAUCCCGGGAAUCCCUGCUUUAUUGUAACUUCAGAGAGCUGUUUUUAUGUCGUCUUUACUUUGUUUUCAAUCCAACAGAGUCUUUAAAGAAUUUUGAAACAGCAUCUGAACUCAGAGGAAUCAGGGUUGCAUUAUCUGUUUAUCUGAAGCCUGAAUACUUUGACUUUAAUCUCUUACUCUGGUCUCUGAACCGGAGUCCUAAAUGGGGAUUAAUCCACGACUGAGAACAAGUGCAGCUUUUCCUCUGAGUGAGGUUUUCAAUAAAAAAAACUACAGCUGUUAAAAGGAAGAGGUUUUUCCACACUGUGCCAAAGGUUGUUUUUCUCUCUUUUCCUCACAGAUCCUUCAGGAGCGAGGAUCUCGGAUGUGAGGAGACCUGGAGCCGGAGCUUCAACACACUUUAUCAACAACAGCAAACAAUAACAAGAACAUUUCCUCCAGUUUUCAUCAGCUGGUUUUAUCACCACCAUCAUCAUCAUCCUCCUCCUCCUUAUCCACCGCCCCUUCUCCUCUGGUGUGCCUUUCCACAGCGGCGGCUCCCCAACGCCCCUUCCUCCUCCUCUUCUUCUCCUCCUCUUCCUCCAGAGCUGCGACCCGACCCUGACCCGUCUCCUCGUUUGCUCUCCUCCAUCGCAGUCUGUGGGACACUUCAGGGGGAUUUUAAAAAGGAAUCACAAGUGAGAGGUUUAUUUCUCUGCAGCUUUUUGAUGGUCAGUGUUGAUACGGUGCAGGAGAAGGUGCUGAUCGAAGCCCCCUGUUAUCAUCAGUGGUGGAUAUCCAGCACAAAGUUACUCCGAAUCAUCUUCAUCGUUAUCAGAAUCGCUUUUAACCGACAGGAUACGUUUUCUCUCUACGAUACAUUUGGCUCUGUCAACUCAGCAGAAAUCUCCUCAGGACUCUCACAGGACAUAAAGGAACGAACACAACUCCUCUGACAGAGCUUCUUUCUUUAUGAGGGAGCAUCCACGCCAGCCGCCUCCCUCGCUGCACUCCCGGAAUCCUCGGCUGACGCCUGAGGUAAAUCGCAUCGCUUUAAACCGAGCCAGGAGCGGAGUCCGACCGCUUGCGUUUGAGCCAGUCUGGUGCAGCGUUUCUUCCACUUUGAGUCUUUAAAAACAAGAAACAAACAUCGAACACACGCGUGGACUCGGUUCUGCACUCCUCCUGUUUCCCGCUUUUGGGGCUCGACCUGGCGGAUCCUCCCAGGGAGAAAAAUUUGGGAUAUUUCCGUGCAAAAGAAAACAGAAGACUCAAAAAGACUUCAUCUGUGUACAAUUUGUCAAGGCAUGUGAGGAAUCUAUAUAAAUCUAUAUAGGCUACACAUUGAAAUUAUAUGAAAAAUCGAAUGCAAAUGGUGUAAUUAUUGGUUUCUGUAUCAUAGUUGUCAUAUAUUUACAUAUUCUGGUGGGUGAGUCUAUUUAAAGGACAGAGAAAUAUCAUAUUUUUCAUUUUGUGGAAGGUUUCCGGCUCGGUGUCAUGGAUGUGAGUUUGCGUUUGCAGUGCCUCUCUGCUUUCUGUCCAUGACUGAAAUAUCACAGCUGCACGUUUUUGUGUCAUGUUCCUCAAAGACCUCCAGAUAUCGUCAAUAUUUUUCUCUUAAAUAUCCUACUUUCAGAUCGUGCAUAUCUUAAAAUUGUAAUCGGAAAAGAGGAAAAUGAACCCUUGAACCCGCCGUGUACGCAGAAACGCAGGCGUGGCGGUUCUGGCCAGUUUGGAUGCUGCCUCAAACACCUGAAUCCAUCCUCUCUCUCUCUCUCUCUCUCUCUCUCUCUCUCUCUCUCUUUCUCUUUCUCUCUCUUACGCUGCUCUCACGCCAGUAAUCGUCACUUUGCAGCUGCCUCCGUUGCCACUCCUCACUUAAACGCCCAGAUAACUGUGUUUUCUUUCAUUGUGCAGCACUUGUAGCAACUUUGGCAAAGCUGACUUGUACUCCUUUCACCCCAACACACACACACACACACAAACACACACAUAUAUGAGAUUACAUUAUCAUAGGAAGUGACAUAAAGUAAACCUGCCAGCAGAUAUGUUUCCAUCUCUCCGAGCUUCAGCCUGAAGCUUUUAUUUCAGACGUUGCUUUUUGUGCCAGUACAUUGGUAUCAGCUUGGCUGAGGUGUGCUUCUUUUGAAAUAUCCUCCACAUUAAGUUGCUUUGGGAGAGCCGCUCUUCACGCUUGUAACAACAUUGGACCAAACAGGCAGAUUCCUAGACGGGUUUUCAUCCUGUUAAUCUGAAAUUAUUGUUUGGAAAAAAGAUUAUCAGCCUGAAUGUGCAUGAAUACGUUUUGAAGUUACGUGCACAAGACUUAGGAAACAUAGAGGAGGAGAUUGGCUCGUAUUUAAAAUGUGCAUUUAUCAAAAAGAAGAGUUUUAAACUGCUAAAAGUCACUGCCAUCCGUCUGCAGCUGUCUUUGCUUUUCUCUGAUUUCUAUCAUUUUAGAUCAAAACUAAUGUGAAAGUUUAACCUUUUUACCGUGUUGACAAGUUGGUUAAUACAUUAACAAACAUCAGCAGUUGUAAGCCCAGAAGUUACCCAACUCAAAGGCAUCAACUAACAGUUGUUUUUAUUGAUAUUGAUAUUGACUCGUUUUUAGAUUAAUCGGUGAACUAGUUGGUCUGUCAUGUCAGAAAAUAGGCACAAAAUUCUAAUUUUCGAACUCCAACAGUGAUGUUCUCAAAUUGAUCAGAUCUAUCAACCAGCAGCCAGGAAAUCAAAACCUUAAAUUAUGUCGAUUGUAUGGAGUUAUUUUGUUUUUUAAUAUGUGAGAAACAACAUCAAGAUAAAAGAUAAACAGACAUUUAAAGAUAAAACUGUUCAAGUCAAAUUGAAGAAACCCAUACGGUUAAAAAAGCAGCAAAACAUCUGCUUAGUCCAAGUACAGAUGUUUGCAAAUUAAAGCUCUAGUAAGGAUUUUUGGCUGGUAAUGAAACAGACUGAAAUUAAUACUGGUGUCUCAGCUAUGAUGUGCAAAAUCAAACAAGACCAUUGGAGACAACAUUCGAUUAGUUCAGUUCACUUGUUUUUAAAGCCCUGGUUCGCUGCCACAGGGUAGGUGUCAAAUCAAAACAAUCGCCAAUACAGACGUUUUUUUUUCUUAUGUCAGAACAUUUAAAAGAGUGAGACGCUCGGCUCUGGAUAGAAAGCAGGAUGACCUCUUUCAUUAAAAAAAAAACAAACUCUACUUUUGCAUGAAUGAGCCUCACAGUCAGAAUUCCUCACAGGAGCUUUAAUAUCCAGAUUAAAUCAGCGACAUGAAUCUCCUUCUCUUCACAAACGGUUCCCACUUCUCCUCACAGUGUUGAUAAGUGCAGUCAAAAUGUUGUUACAGGCGUGAGCGGCCUUUUCCUACGAGCAACCUAAUGCAAAGUUUGAGCCGCAUCCUAACGUAUCAGAUGAAGAACUCGAACAUUUCAUCGCGCCCGCUGCUCAGACUGAACUCACAUUUCGAUCACUGCCUCCUGAAAGUGACGGCGGUGUCAGAAACUCUGUCAUGUUGUAUAAAGUUUAGUUAUAUCAUGCAUGAACAAAAAGAAUGCAGAGAAAAACUGUACCUUUGCUGUUGUCAUGCUCCCUGGUCGUGUUCAGUCAGGCCUCAGAGCUCAAACUUUGAUGUGACUUCUUCUUCUUCUUCUUCUUCUUCUUUGUUGUUUACUUUGUCGCUCUUCCUCUCGACUGUGUUUUGUGCAGUAACAUUCUGCUAAUCUGACUCGUGAAGCAGACCGUGAGCUGCUGAAAACGCCCAAACGUGUCACCGAGGAGCACUUCUUUUCUCCCUUGUUGUUCUCUGGGCCUUUGCAAAGCACCUUGGGUGUUGUUUCCCUUCGUCUGUGUCCGGUGUUGUGCCUUUGACCUGUGUUGUGCACAGUUGUUCUCCCCUAUUUAUCAUGAGGUGCCUCCAGUACCUUAAAAAAGCCAGGAGGCCCGUCCCUGAGGUAUAACGUUAAAUGCGAUCUUUAGCUCGGUUUGUAUUGUUCGUGUUUCAGUGAGAGGCAAGCCAACGAAUCCACCGUCCUCUGCUUUUGUUUUUGAGUUUACUAUACAUCCUAAAAUACUGAAAAUCAGCUGUUUUUGUGCCAUCGCUCUGAGCUAAAUCAACCGACACUCCGACCCUGUGUCUGAAUCUGCUGUUGAAACGCUCUGCGCCGUGUUUCCAGCACUAUCAAAUGGGAGGAAAGCAGGAAGACCAGUGGAAGCAGGUUUCUCUCCUCUGCUUUUGUAUCUUAGUAAAACUCCAGCAGUGCACUUGAUCACAGAAAUCAAUCUGACUUUAAACUCGCCGUCAUUUGGCCUCUUUCCUUUCUUGAGCUGCAUGCUGAAGCAAUCCCUGAUGAUUAAACUUUUCGAUGUGUGUAAUUAACCUUGAAGCACUUAUUAUACCUGUCACCUUUGUGAACCCAGUUUUAUCUUAACCUUGAUCGUUCAGUGUUCACGUCGGCGGUUCCCGGACUGAGGCUGAGUUCGGACCUCUGAAGCAAGUUUUAACAUCAACGAGGGAAAACAAACUUUUGAUUCAGCUCCUGAAAUCAAAUUCGAUAAUAUGAGUCUUCCAUUGUCAAAUUUCUCAGUACUGGUUCACUACGACUUAGCUCAGACAGACUCGACCGCCAGAGGAUGAACCGGUGGCGCCACUUGCAGUAUUAAACGCCUAAAAAGCGAUUAAAAAAACACUAACGACACCCAGCGUUCGCUUUUUUAAGCGUGAAUUAGCUUUCUGUGUUUCUUCCUGUAAACUCUGGACUUUUUUCGUGGAUUUACAGGCUGAAAAAGCUCGAGUACAUGUUUUAAAAUUCUCUUUAGAGGAUCUGGAUCCACAGGCGACUGAGUUUACUCUCUAAAACAAGCUUUCUUGAAUUAACUGCCAAACUAAUGAUGUUUUAGUCAGCCUGUGGGUUUUAUUUCCUCAGAUUUAACAAAUAAAAUGAGAGAAAUCAUGAUUUGAAUUGAUCCAAGUCAGGACUCUGUCCAUAAUGACCGCACAGUUUUACCUCUUGGAGAAUCACAUGAAUGGUGUAAAAAUACAGUGUUUACUUUAACCGGCCACAACUUUUAAAAAGUGUCCCUCUCAGGUUGGGAACCGCCGACCGAGUUGAACUUUGCAGUGUGAUCAUAUCAUCGUUUGAAUCCAGCACCCGUCUUUUAUAAGCAAACUGAGAAUGAGUUUGUACUCUCACAUGCACUAGCUAAGUCUUCAAAUAAUGUGCAACUCUAACAAAUCUGCAAAAAAAAUAUAUAUAUCUCUGUUUGUUUGGGCACGUGAACACAUGAGAGCAUGCUUUCAUCCUAGAGAUUACGGUGUUGUGUACUGGAUUUUGUCUGACCUCUGUGUUAGUGCAAAGUGUAUGUGAUGCAUGGUGGGGGGAGCAGAGGGACGGCAUGGCUCUGUGGUGUGUAGGUGUAGAUUCAAUGUGUGGAACAGUUGGUCUACAAGUCGUCAUUUUCUCCACUCGCACCUUCUGUUUCGUUUGUUGUUUUUCGAAUCGUCGCUAAUCAAGAGCUAGCUUUGAAUGCUAAUCAACCAACCAAUCAGACUGCAGAUUCCCCCCCGCCUCCCCGCCCCUCUAACCGUGGUUUAAACAGCAUUUACCUGCAGGAAAAACUCACAAAAGAACGAUUUUGAAGACAUGAAUCAUUUUGCCAGUUACUCUGUAAACACCUGCAUGCGUUUGUGGACAUGCACACUUGUACACUCAUUUAGACGUAUUGAAAAUGUCACCUAUUAACAGUUACUUUGUGUUCAUUUAUCAACAGUAUUGAUGUCAAAUGUGAAUAUCGUCAAUGGGGAAAUGUUUGGAAGCUGACAAAGCAUUUUGUCCGAUUGUUUGUUUCACUUUUAUUUAUUUUAUAUUUUGGAAUUUUGUCUACCAAAUGUUGUUUCUUUACAUGUAACAAUUUUAACGAAACCUGUCUGGUUUUUAAUCAUAAAAUGUGUCCGUGUUUUAA